GUGGGGAUUCUGGGCGGGUGGCGGAGUCACAGUCGCUUCGGCCAGGCUGUGGAGCGGACCGACGCGCCUGGUGCCCCGGGGAGGGGCGCCACCAGGGGAGGAGGAGGUAGAGAGGAAGAGACGCCCUCUCUGCCUGAGACCUCUGGAGGCUCUGACCCCAGAGGACUGACAAGUUCCUCCACCUCGGCUGCCUGAAGAGGCCGCGACCCUGGAGGGCCCUGAGCCCACCACACCAGGGGCCCCAGCACUGUCCGGGUGGCCUAAAGCGACAGUCUCAGGGACCACUGCAAGGUUUCCAGUUGCCUAGACAACGAGCCCGGGGUCACAGCAGCAACCCUUCCGGCCACCUGCCUCCUCUGCUGUCACAGGCACCAGUCCCAGCCCCGUGAGUCCAGCCCAGGUGAUAUGACGGUGCUUUCUACCUACCGGCCCUCGCGGGUGACCACGCUGAAACGCACAGCUGUGGUCCUGGCCCUCACGGCCUAUGGAGCGCACAAAGUCUACCCCCUGGUGCGGCAGUGCCUGGCUCUGGCCAGAAGCCCUCAGGGGUCGGCCGGGGAGUCGGCACAGGAGGUCUCUGGGGCCACAGUGGCUGUGUCGGCCAAGGCCGGCGUCAACCGGGUGUUCUUGCAGCGACUCCUGUGGCUCCUGCGGCUGCUCUUCCCCAGGAUCCUGUGCCGGGAGACCGGGCUGCUGGCACUGCACUCAGCCGCCCUAGUGAGCCGGACUUUCCUAUCAGUGUAUGUGGCCCGCCUGGACGGCCGGCUGGCCCGCUGCAUCGUGCGCAAGGACCCCCGGGCCUUCGGCUGGCAGCUCCUGCAGUGGCUCCUCAUCGCUCUCCCUGCCACGUUCGUCAACAGUGCCAUCCGCUACCUGGAGGGCCAGCUGGCCCUGUCUUUCCGCAGCCGCCUCGUGGCCCACGCUUACAGCCUCUACUUCUCCCAGCAGACCUACUACCGAGUCAGCAACAUGGACGGGCGGCUUCGCAACCCAGACCAGUCCCUGACGGAGGAUGUGGUGGCCUUCGCUGCCUCUGUGGCCCACCUGUACUCCAACCUGACCAAACCACUCCUGGAUGUGGCAGUGACUGCCUACACCCUGCUUCGAGAGGCCCGCUCCCGCGGCGCUGGCACUGCCUGGCCCUCGGCCAUCGCUGGCCUUGUGGUGUUCCUCACAGCCAACGUGUUGCGAGCCUUCUCGCCCAAGUUUGGGGAGCUGGUGGCAGAGGAGGCGCGGCGGAAGGGGGAGCUGCGCUACAUGCACUCUCGAGUGGUGGCCAACUCUGAGGAGAUCGCCUUCUAUGGGGGCCACGAGGUGGAGCUGGCCCUGCUGCAGCACUCCUACCAGGACCUGGCCUCACAGAUCAACCUCAUCCUGCUGGAGCGCCUGUGGUACGUCAUGCUGGAGCAGUUCCUCAUGAAGUACGUAUGGAGCGCCUCAGGCCUGGUCAUGGUGGCAGUCCCCAUCAUCACCGCCACCGGCUACUCAGAGUCAGACCCAGAGGUCGUGAAGAAGGCAGCCUUGGAGAUGAAGGAGGAGGAGCUGGUGAGUGAGCGCACAGAAGCCUUCACCAUCGCCCGCAACCUCCUCACAGCUGCCGCAGAUGCCAUCGAGCGAAUCAUGUCGUCCUACAAGGAGGUGACAGAGCUGGCUGGCUAUACAGCCCGGGUCCACGAGAUGUUCCAGGUAUUUGAAGAUGUCCAGCACUGCCGUUUCAAGAGGCCCGGAGAGCCAGAGGAUGCUCAAGCGGGGUCUGGGGCUGUGGUGAGGUCUGGCACCCGUGUGGAGGGGCCCCUGCAGAUCCGAGGCCAAGUGGUGGAUGUGGAGCAGGGGAUUGUCUGCGAGAACAUCCCCAUCAUCACACCCACGGGAGAGGUGGUGGUGGCCAGCCUCAACAUCAAGGUGGAAGAGGGCAUGCACCUGCUCAUCACCGGCCCCAACGGCUGCGGCAAGAGCUCUCUGUUCCGGGUCCUGGGAGGGCUCUGGCCCACGUACGGUGGCGUGCUCUACAAGCCCCCGCCCCAGCGCAUGUUCUACAUCCCGCAGAGGCCCUAUAUGUCCGUGGGCUCCUUCCGUGACCAAGUAAUCUACCCGGACUCAGUGGAGGACAUGCGAAGGAAGGGCUAUUCUGAGCAGCACCUGGAAGCCAUUCUGGACAUUGUGCACCUGAACCACAUCCUACAGCGAGAAGGAGGUUGGGAGGCUGUGUGCGACUGGAAGGACGUUCUGUCCGGGGGGGAGAAGCAGAGGGUCGGCAUGGCCCGCAUGUUCUACCACAGGCCCAAGUAUGCCCUCUUGGAUGAAUGUACCAGCGCUGUAAGCAUCGACGUAGAAGGCAAGAUCUUCCAGGCAGCCAAGGAUGCAGGCAUCGCCCUGCUUUCCAUCACCCACCGACCCUCCCUGUGGAAGUACCACACGCACUUGCUGCAGUUUGAUGGGGAGGGCGGCUGGAAGUUCGAGAAGCUGGACUCAGCUGCCCGCCUGAGCCUGACUGAGGAGAAGCAGCGGCUCGAGCAGCAGCUGGCGGGCAUCCCCAAGAUGCAGCGGCGCCUGCAGGAGCUCUGCCAGAUCCUGGGCCAGGGCCCUUCAGGCCUCCAGGGCGCUGCCACCUGACUGCGGGCCAAGGCUCUCAGCCCUCGGCCCUUGCCCCUCCCCAAGCCCUCGGAUCACAUGAAGGAAAUGGAGCGCCUACCCUCCCAGCCCCGCUGUGGGCCUGCCCUGCAUGCUUUCCCUCCUCCAGGGCCUCUGGGCCACCGCCACACCUGCCUAGAGGACCGCCAGCCAAAUCGCCUGCCCCUUCCCAACUCCACUGCAUCUGUGACCCCGUGAGGGAGCCGAGGCCUUUGUUUUCUCUGGGGAAGGGGAGAGGGGUCAGAGGCGAGCCCCAGUUCACAGCACCAGCCCGCGCCAAGGAGCCUUGGCAUUUGUCGGGCACCGCCCUCCCGAGGCUGAGAUCCCAUCUUUCUCCUCUUCCGUCCCUUGGAGACCUCACCUCCCAUCUCCUGGGAUGCCCUUCUGGCCAUAAAAACAGCCAAGCGGGACCCACGGUGAGACAGUCUCUGCUCCUUCUCCCUAUCACUUGUCCCAAAGAGCCUGCAGGAGACAGAACCGCACAGCAUUUCCUAGAGCAAUGAUAAGAAUGUAUUCCUGUCCCUUCAUCCCUAGCCUUCUCUCUCCUACGAGCUAAUUUAUUGGAUUCCUGUGUGUAGCCAUCUGGACUGCCAAUGUGAGCACCCCGCCAGCAGGGGAGGCGGCCUGGGCCAUGGUCCUUCACGGGUGGCCUGGCCUCUUUAGUCAGACCCUGGCUGGCCCAUCACCCUACCAGCCUACACUGCCAACAACCAUGGGGGUGAGGGCAGGCCAGCCAAAGGGCUGUUGGACGCUGGGGCUGCCGGGCGUGAGGGCACCAGUGUGCCCAGCUCAGUGCCAAAGAGGGGUCAGCGGGGGAGCUGUCUGCAAAGCCAGCCCCCACCCGAGAGGGAGACCCCGCCACCGCACCGCUGUGUGCCUUUCCGGGGCCCUCAGCCCUCGGGUCAGGGAGCCUCCCUCAGUUUCUCAGUAAAAACCUUCUGCAGAAAGUACAGUCCUGCCUCCCAGCCUCUUAGUCAGGGUUUGGGGGAGGGAUGGUGAGGGCAGCAGUUUUCCUGGGGGAGGAAUAACCUCAAGCCCCCGACCCCGCCCGAAGAUGAUGCUGUUCCGCACACUCUCUGGCUGACAGGGCGGUGGGGAGGCGGGCUCAGCAACAUGUCGCCACAGUGACGCCUGAGCCCCAGGAGGACUCUGCACUCAGCCUGACCCUGUGCUGGGGUGGAGAGGAAGGGACGAUGUAUGGUCCAUGCAUGAGGAGCUGCUAGAAAGUUACUGAGAAAACCAGUGAGUUGCAAAGUAGGCUGGUAGGGGGACACGGAGGAGGAAGAGCCCUGAGCCGGCCAAGCAAGGGGCAGCAGGGACAAAGUGGUUCCAUACCUUCUAGGAAGAGGGAACGCUUGUGCAAAGGUCCAGGGGUCAAUCAGGAGCAAGAUGCUGGACAUGGAUGCUAAGGGCAAGGGGGAAGGAGGGACCAGGCCACUCUCUAAAAGCCUGGGCUUAUUCCGGAGACGAGAAGCCACCAAAGUGUUUUCAGCAGGAUGGAAACAAUAUAGGAGUUGUGCUUGAAGGAGGCCUUGUGGAGGGUAGUUUGGAAGGAGGUGAGAGCACACCGCUUGGCCCUCAUCCACUGCUGGUGCGAAUGGACACGGGGCCGUCAUGGUGGGGAAGAGCGUGGCGUGUCCUCGAAAGCUAGAUGGAGAGUCCUCAUGUGCCCCAGCAUUCUGCUCCGAGGUUUAGACCCAAGAGAAUUGAAAACUAGCUCAAGUGGUAGAGCACGUACACCAGGUCCUGGCUUCAAUCCACUAUGCCGCCUCUAAAUAUAAAUAAGUAAACCCUAAUUACCUCCCAUCCCAAAAUUAAAAAUUUUUAAAACCCCAGUGUCCAAUCAUACCCUUACAGAGGAAUAUUCUUAACAGUAUAUUGAUGAUAACCAAAAUGUGGAAACGGCUGGAAUGUCCAUCAAUCCAUGAAUGGACAAGCAAAAUGUGGUCUCUCCGUACAACAGACUAUUAUUCAGCUCCACAAAGAACAGAGUUCCUACUACAACAUGGAUGAACUGUAAAAACAUGCUAAAGAAAAGAAGCCAGUCAUAAGAGAGCACACGUACUGUAUGAUUCUGUUUAUCUGCAAUGUCCGGAAUAGGUAAAUCUACAGAGACGCAAAGCAGAUUGCUGGUCGCCAGGAGCUGGGAAGGUGGGAAACAGUGAGAGACUGCUGAAUGGGAACAAGGUUUCCUUUUAGGGUGAUGGGAAUGUUCUGGGACAUUGAUGGUUGCACAACAUUGUCAGUAUGCUAAAGGCCACUGAAUUGUGCACAUUAAAACAGUUAAUUUUGUUAUGCGAAUUUCACCCCCAAAAUAGAUAAUAUAUAAUAGAUACAUUGAUUGAUCAUAAAGAGACAGAGGUGACAGGUGAUUGAUAGAUACUAAAGAGAGAUGGGAGAUUAGAUGGUAGAUUGAUAAUGAUGAUAGGUAGGUAGGUAGGUAGGUAGGUAGGUAGAUGGUCACUAAGGAGGUAGGUAAUAGUCAGAGAUGAACGAGCACACAGCUUAAUGCAACACAGGCCAGAUGUGCUGAGGCCGGAAAUCCCGGAUGGAUUAGAGAGAUUAGAAGACAGUCAACAGGUGCGUGGGGCGGUCAGACGCUGGGGGAAGGGAAGGGUGGGGUGAGAGUCAAGGUGACUCCUGGGUUCUGGCUCGGGUGGCCGGGUGAGCGAUGGCACCCUUUGUCGAAGGAGAGACAGGUCGGGGAGAGGGUGCUACCUACUUAGCACUUGCUGGGCCCAGGCCUGCAGCCCCGGCGGAAAUGAGGAGGCAGCUGGCACUAGGAGAAUGCAGCUCGGAUGAGAGCUUGAGGCUGCAGAUCCUCCGAGGGGGCGUUGGCUGGCAGAGAGGCAGCUGGUGGUGGAGGGUACACGUGGACAGCCUUGGGAGGAGGUGCUUAAUCUCUUAUCUGGGGGAUGGGAGAUAGUCUGCGUUUUAUCUGAAUUUUGAGGUUAAGGUUUGUUCCUCAUCCCAGAAGUGGCGGUUUGAAGGGCUAGGAGUCGUUCCUCCAUCUCCUCCCAAGAUGGUGCAAGUUGUCCCUACCUGAUAAUAAAUCUUUAAAAAAAACAAC